UCAAACCGGUUUAUUAUUAUAAUGUUAAUUGUGUCAGCGGACUUUCGGCAUUAAAGAUGUUACAAAGUAAGACAGGAGUUUCUUCUCUUCGACGACGUUUCGAGCAAAGUCAACAGAGCCACGGAAGGGAAGGUUUGAAGAGAAAGAUUGGCCUAGAACCAACAAAUGACAAAAAAACUUUGCAUACUUCGAAGACGGAAACACAUGAGAAAGAAUACAUUAAAGUACUGGAGGGGGAUGUCAGUACUAAUAUAUCGUCUGAACAAACGGUAAUCACGGGCAGUACAACUGGGACUGAUAUACCUGAUGAAGAUAGGGCUGAUCGGAUAGAAGAAUGCAGACCGUCACAAGCCAGUAAAGACACAAUAUCGAAAUCCGACCACGGCGAUAAUCACUUGAUUAAGGAAACGGAUGACUUCGAAAAUGAAAAUACAAAUACAAAAAUGAUAGAACACAUGGUUGAUCCUCUUGGAAAAAAGGCUGAUCAGCCUGCAAAAGCACAUACGAUUGAAAGCAUUACAACAAAUACAGGUCCAAGCAUGACAAAACAAAUAGAUGAACAAAAUACCACAUCAUCACAAGAACAAGCGGAAUCGUACCAUGCAAAUGUUACGAAUACAGAUAAGGAGGAACAAACGCAAGGGCAUGUGAAAAACAACAAUGCUAACAUGAUAGGUACAUUGCAACAGGAAACACCUGAUGAUCAGAUAGAAGGAAACACAAAAGAAAUAACAAAUGAAGAAAUUGGCAGUUUUUCAACGAUCGCGAUUAAUAAUGCAAAGGUUGAUCCACACAAUACAGGGGACCAGGAGGAAAAGAUUAAACAAGCAACAAAUCAAAAUGUCGUGACUCAUUUAGACACCAGGGAAGCCAACAAAGUACAUAAAACAGAACAGAAUAGAAAGCACACUCAGCGUGGCACUGAACCGAAGCCAAACAUUACCAGUUAUAUAGCAGAGAAGGCUAGUAACGCAAAGCCGAGCAAACCACCUUUGCCACCAAAGCCAACAGAACGCACCGGAGCAAUUUUGUCGCAGUUGAAACGUAGUAGCAAUGAAACGACGGUGAAGCGAAAUGAUGGACACAGUGCCCAAACUAGUGUUAAGAAAUUUGCUCGAAAGCGAAAGCUGCAUCGCUAUAGUAGAUUUGACACUCGGAGUUCAACAUCCGACUCUGUGAUUUCUUCUACGACUGCAACUAGUGAAGAAUCGAUGGAAAACAAAUGUCAUGUACAGUAUAUGGCAGAGGUGUAUCGGGACUGCAUCAAACAUCAAGUUCGGGUUGAAGAUCUAUUACCUCUUCUCCCGCUGGGAAAAUAUGAAACUGAAAUCAUAAACAGCAAGCAAAAAUCGUGUCCUCCUGAUGCGGUAGAAUUGCUCCUUGACAUUAUGACGAUGAGUGACAUACCCGGAAUAUGGCAGAGCUUCUUGGAUGCAUUGGAAACACUGGAGUAUAUCCAUCUAUCGAAACUUCUAAGAAAUGAAACAGAGAUUCAUCACAGCCAUAGCUCAGAUAUUCUUAAACUUGUAACGCACGACCUUCAGCAGCGUAUAUGUUUUCCGGAUUUUUUGGAUGCAGUUUAUGAAAGGGAGUUACUUGUCCAAUCAGAAUACGAGGAAGCAGAUACAGUAUAUAGAGCACGUGGUUCACAGACAGCCGCUAGUGUGAUUAUUGAAGGUGUAGCUAAACAUUUACCUAACUGGGAUGAAGUAUUUGCAGAUAUCCUUGAGCAAUCCGGAAUGGCAGAUAUUGCGGAACUGUUCAAAUUUGUUGAACAACAGCAAUCAUACUGUUCGCAAGGAGAAGGUUUCACUGAGAUUUCAAAGAUGGAAAAAAUUCAAAAGCAAAAGAAACUUCACGAGCAGCGUAUUCAGUUUUGGAAGGAGAGAAAUUCAGAACUACAACCAACCUUCAGCGAAGCUGGAUUUGAUGCUCGUAAGAAGACGACAGCUGGUAGUAAAAACAUUGAUUUCAAUGCCCUUUGUAUUACGGUUUCUCAAAUACAGUCGGAAAUGAAAUUGCUCACACGUGGAAUGGAAGACCUGAAAAUGAUGCAAAGUGAAAUACUUCAACGUUUCCAAAAAUGCUAAUUCGAUUCGAAUGACUUAGAGUGUGGACAUAAAUUGCUCAAAACAAUAAAAAAGGGAAAACUGAAAAUGCUCAUUUCGUCAAAUGUUGUGAAUUUUAAAUAUAGUUAAUGAGUAUAAUACAUUAACAUAAUUUCUGGCAUUGACAAACUGGGCAUUUAGCUGAAACUGAAUCUAGCAUAAUUUUAAACCAGUAGAAUACAUUUAUCAAAUAAUUAAUUUAAUAAUAUAUUGUGUUAUUUAUAUAGCGAUUCGUAUUUAUUUUUCAGUUCUUAUGUCUCUGUCCACCGCUUAACUUAUUAUAGGGAUGACCUUAGAUCUGACCUUGUCCGUCCCGUAUUGUGAAGUUGUACACCAGCGAUUUGUUUCUGAUUUCUCAUAGCAAGACCGAAAGUAUAGCCCUUGCCAAAAUAAGCACGAACGCCCUAAAUGUUCUUAUCAUAUACAUCUCAUAACGUAUUUGACAUAGAGUUAUGACACUUAUUAUUUUGUAUUCAACAUGUAAGCUUGUGCAUCACAGAUAGAUUAUUCUUAGAUUCAAAACCACCGACCCAACCAAACAUUUUUUAGUUUUCACUCAGUUCGUCCAUCAUGUGUUUCUUCAUGACCGUGCAUUCAAUUUUAAAAACCUGAACCAAUAAUAUUUGUUAUUGCAAUCUAUAGUAUAAGCGUGAUGCUGGUUUCGACGAGGUUUUCUGCCGAUUCGUUUGUUUUCUGCGUAUCUUAGCGUAAAAAUGAAUUAGAAAAAGUCCCUUCUAAUUUUCAUUAUUUGUCUUGAUGACAUCGCUUCGAAUGAAUUCUCAAUCGAAGCGAGGUUUCCAACCAAUAACGGUGACGAGCAAGCCAUUCGAAGCAAGCGGAAUUAACUACUCGGACGCGGCAGCCCACUGUUGUAAGUCAGAAGACCAAACAAAUCGGCAAUGUAAAUUCCCGGACCUUCUUCUACCACUUAAAGUGGAAAAAGUUUUAUUUAACAUUAACAGGUGUGAUUUUAUUAAAACCAACAAAUAAAAUAACAAAGUUUUCAGGUUCCUUAUGCAUACCGCUAGUAAAACAAACCAAUUUAGAUACGGUUUCAGCUCAAUGCUCAUUUUAUGAAAUUCUACGGGCCGAUGCCAUAGAUUAUAAAAUGCACGCACAAUCUAAUUCAAGUAUAGAGUUGGAAAAGAAUGGCAAACAUCGAAUUUGAAUGGAUUCAUACUCCUAAAAAUGUAUAGAACGCCGCAGCUGCCUUAUGUUGGAAAACUGUAUUAUGCAUUGUCAAUUUAGCGUGUUAUUAUGUCAAAAGUUUUGUCAUGUCAUGUCAAACAGUCAAUCAGCUAUGCUUUAAUUAUGUCACAAUGAGAUGUUGAUUGUCCGAAUAGUGUUUCAUUAUGUACAACAGCUAUGCUAUUAAGCCUAAAUGUAAUGUUGACUUGUUAAAUGUCUAUGUUUUUAUGUGAAACUGAGGUGUGAGCUUGUCAUAGUACUAUCUUAUCAUGUCAAAAAGUUAUGUUAUUAUGUCAAAGCAGGUUUAGAUUUCGUCAUGUUAACAGGCUAUGGUAUCAGGUCGAAUCUGCUAUGUUAUUUUUAUUUGUCGAGCAAAACACUUUUGACACUCUAAAUCCCUAGUCCAAUUUUGAAAUACUUUCAUUACAAUCCUUUACUAAAGUUAUCAAAGCCAUCUUGAUUUGUCGAACAAAGAUAUGGCUGCUAUAAGGCGGGUUUUGUUUUCCUUCUUUAGGUCUAUGAAAAAAAUGAUCUCAACAGUUUUAAAGUAAUUUGGCAGAAACGUUUCUCAUACUGUACUGUGAACUACCUCAAGUGCUCAACGGGCCAUUAGCAUUGGAACGGACGGAUACCUGGCUAGAUCAAAUUUGAUCCACUUGGGCAGGAUUUGGACACGCAGAGGCAAUUAAGUCUAUUGUGAUGAUUGUUAUAUUUUAUAUUUGAUUCAUAUAGAUUUGAAAUAAAAACUUCUUGACCAUAUCUAAACCAUUUAGGUUCGUAACAAGUAUAAAAGUUGCAUAAAGGCUGCACCUUUUUUUCAUAUGCCUUAUUUUAUGUAUAUAUGAACAAAUCAAAAUUAUAUUUCAUGAGUUUAUUGUGAUAACUGUCGAUUUUAUAUUAAAUUCAUAAAGAUUUGAAGUAACAUCUUCUUGACAAGAAUUGUACUAAAUUGGUGCAUAACAAAUAUAAAUGUUGCACACCAAAACCUUAAUCCGUGCAUGUAUAUAUUUUUUGCAAGAAGGUUUUUUUAUUUCGUUUAUCUGCAUUCUUUUUAAUCACUCAUGCUUUUGUUGAACAUCUGAUUUGUAAAAGUUUAAGAAGAUAUAAUAGCUUAUUACAUAUUCGUUUCUGUUCCCCCUUAAGUUACAAUGGUACCGGAACGUCAAUAUUUUUCCAUAUACUGACGCCUGAAUUUCAUAUCAAAUGCGUGGCGUAGUUUUAAGUGUGUCGUUGCAUUAAUUCUUUUAUUUAGUUCAGUAUUGUCAAUCGUAUUCAGUCUAUUGAACAAGUUCAUAAUAUUUACAUUACGUUUAUACGUGCAGUAUAUAAAGAAAAGGUUAUUAUCGUUGCAUCGUAAAAUAUGCACUCCUUUUAGCGGAAGAAUAUUGCGCUCCUAAUUUCUGCAUAUUUCCCGAUACAAAGGUAAUAACCUGUAAAUAUUCGACGCAUCUGGUCAGGAUGUCUGACCAGUGAGUAUUUUCCUAGAGCUAGUCAAACAUAUUAACAUAGAAUUUAAUGUAAAAGGACAUAUACCCGUAAUUCACAAAACUGAUCAAAGAGCUUUGUCAAAGAUUUUCAUGUGAAAUGGCAUAUAUAGUUCGCGGCGAUCCACAUGAGGAAGAUUAUUUCAGAUUAGGCUUACAGUGAGCUUUAUGUGAAUAGUGUGUUUCGUUUUUGUAUAUCAUUAUUACUUGUACUUAAGAUCAAUCCCGAAUUUACUGUGAAAAAUUAA